ACAAGAUUCAUCAGGAUGCAUAAUCGCCAGGUUUACCAUGCACGGACUGCUGGCGGCACCAACACAGCAAGACCAUCCUCAAAAUUUGCACUUCGUCUCUCUGCCUGGCUCAAGGAACACCGAGCACGUAGACGACGAGCACAAGCACAGACAGAACAACAGAUGCAGUUUACUACUGGCAGUGCAUCACAGCACGACGAAGAGCUGCCAGAUUGGGCCUUGGAUACUCUCUUCCGUCCGCCUCAUUCGUCUUCUACUUGGCCCACUUCCAUUCCAACCUCCUCUAUCAUUACUGUCCCAUCUGUCUCUAUUUCAGGCGACAUUUCAGGCGACAUUUCAGUGCUCGUGCCACGACUUGAACGAAUGACCACAUCUGAUACGAUCACACCCUUACUAUCUCAUUCUCUUCCUCUUUCACUUCAUCAACAAACAUUAGCAUCACCAUUGCCCAAUGCUACACAGCCUCCCCCACGACAUCAUCCAGCUCGUCGUAACCAUCUUGUAAGUCAAGCAGCCACAUCGAGGCGCCUGCAAGCCAAGCACAAGCAGCCAUGGAGGAGAACCCGUCCAGAGAUUGUGUCGCGCAAAACAGCUACUAAACGACUACCCAGCAGUAGCAACAACAAUGCUUCUCAGGAUUUGCCGUCGACAUCGAUCUCUAUGACUUCGUUAGCGGCGUCUUCUACUACUGGAGGAAAUGAGAUGAUUUUGGAUGUCAAUGCCACUAUUGCAGGGAAAGUACAGCUUGAUAAGGGGCGACCAAGUCUUUAUGUCCCUCACGACAUCCUUCUUGCAAUUUUUUCACAUCUGCCUUCCAGAGCCAAUGCUCAGCAGUAUUAUGACCGUAUGCAACCCUCUGAUCUGCUCGCUUGCUCCAGAGUCAAUAUGGCCUGGCGCAUCGCCGCCCUCUCGACAAUUUGGCAGACUAUUGUCCUCCCUGAUCCAUUUGACCGAUCUUGUCGACGUCUUUUGCACCUCGUGGCUUCCUCACAUGCUUCUGCACAGAUCACAAGCAAAAAUUAUGACAUUACUGAAAUUAUUCAGCGCGUGGAAGUCGAUCUUUUAGAGGCUGCGGAACUAUUGACAGAAGAAAAGGAGUAUGAAGCAGCCGAGGGAGAAAAAGAAUUUGAAGUCGCCAGAUUAUUAGCAGGAGCACAAGAACAUGAGGAUACAAAUGAUAUAGCUAUAGCGGCGGAAGCAGCAGCAACAGUGACAUCAACAGCAGCCAUACCAGCAGAAGAAUCAACAUCCUCAGAACCAUUCACCCCGUCAUUGUCACCACCCUCAGCACCGGCUGCAGGAACUGGUGUUACCAUUGCUACCGACAUUGCAGCCAUGACUGACAACAUUACAACGAUCCUUGAAUACGUCUCGCCCUUCCGUACACUCUCGAUUCAAUUACCCCAAGAGAUUGAAUAUGGUGCUGCAGAAAUUCUGACAGAAUCUGCUUCUCUUCCCAUCCUGGACGCCAUUGUUCGUGGGGUUCAAGGUGCUGGCAUCCAGGAGCUAGAUAUGCCUUCGCCUAUGUAUUGCACUGUCCCCACUUUUCCCGGGAUGCUCAACUUGAUUUCUGCAUUACAGGAUCUUCGGGUUCUGAUCUUGGGUUACUCUAGUCGCGAUUGGCCUCUCCUCAGAGCCAUUAUCUCAUUAUCUUUAUUGGAGAACCUCUGUGUAUUUGACUCUUGUUGGAGUAACCAGGUUUGGAUUUAUUUAUUGAGCUCUUUGGGUUCUCGACUCCGUGGUCUAACGGUUUUGCAGGGACGUCGACCAAUACAAGGUCCUGUUCUUCGUGAAGGGAUUGCCCCCUAUUGCAAAAACUUGACGUCGCUUUCUAUCCCGUUCAUUCAGCUCCUUUCUGGACCUAAACCUGUCCUUACGGAUGAUGAUUUGAUUCCAGUUAUUAAAGCCUGUCACGAACUACAAACUAUCAAUAUUUCAGGACAACGGCUCUUAGGAGAUGCAGUCCUGGAGGCGAUCGCGGAUCUCUGGAGUCUACAAACAUUGGAUAUCAGAGAUUGCGCACUUAUGACAGGAAGAGGGAUCAAGGGGGUACGAUGGCAGUCAAUUCAGCGUGUACGAAUGUUUGGCUGUGGCGUAAUAUCUCAAGAAUUCAUGGACCUUAUCCUUCAAGCCUGGAGGGCAGCUUCACAUGCCUCCGCUUCAUCACUCUCAUCUUCCACUGCCCGCUCUUACUCUUCGACAUCAACAGCAUCACGACAUCUCACAUCAGGGCCAAGUCAUUAUCACCAAGCCAUGUCACGCUUUAGUUCCGUCCUAGAUUUUCAUGCUGAUGUUGAAGAUCCUAUCGAGAUGGGAUGGUAUCGCCAAAGCGACGAUGAGCCUCCACGAGAUCUCGAUGACCACUUCUUUGCAGAGUGGUAUGUGUGAGAAAUAGACAGGAUGAAUAUUAACAUUUACAACAUCUGAUUGGCAAGAUCUUUUUGAAAUGUAUAGAG